UUCUCGACUCGAUCUGUGAUCUGUAGUUCGCCUGGUUGCCGCUAACAUGAGAACUUAUUACCAUGUAGCAUUGAUUUAGCUAGAGUUUUACGUCUAAAUAAGCUCUUACAUCUUGUUUUCUUAUUUUGGCGUGUCAGAAGUCUUUAAUAAUGUUGAGUUCUACAUGGAAUUUCAUCAAACGCCAUAAGAGAAAAUUCAUCUUUACGGGUGUUUUUGUUGGAGGUGUAUAUCUGCUUGGUAAAUAUGCUCAGAGGAAAAUUCAGGAGAUACAAGAGCGAGAGGCAGCAGAAUACAUAGCUCAAGCUCGGAGACAGUUUCAUUUUGAAAGUAACCAGAGGACGUGUAACAUGACAGUGUUAUCAAUGCUUCCCACUCUAAGAGAGGCAAUCAUACAUCAUUUGAACUCUGAGAGCCUCACCUCUUUGCUGAAGACCAAGCCUGCCAAUAAGCUUGAAAUCUGGGAGGAUCUGAAGAUAAUUAGUUUUACUCGCAGCAUUGUGGCGGUUUACAGUACUUGCAUGUUGGUGGUGUUGCUCCGAGUUCAGCUCAACAUAAUUGGUGGCUACCUGUACUUGGAUAACUCUGUAAUGAAAAAUGGAACGACUGCCUUAGCCCCUCCUGAUGUUCAGCAGCAAUAUCUGUCAAGUAUUCAACACCUACUUGGAGAAGGGCUCAUUGAACUGAUAACUGUGGUGAAGAAAGCUGUCCAGGAAGUUCUUGGAAUGGUGUCUCUGAAGCAGAGUUUGUCUCUGCAAGAGUUGGAACAACAGUUAGCUCAGAUCAGACAGUUGGUGGAGGAGGGGUGUGCUUCCUCCAAACACAAAACUCUUUCUUGGUACAUGAUUCCUGAUGAAGAGAACACAUUAGCAUCACAUGCCUGUGGUCUCACAGAGAAUGAUAUCACCACGAUAAAGCUGCUCAAUGAAACCAGAGACAUACUUGAAAGUCCAGAUUUCAAUACUGUUCUUCGUACAUGUUUGAAUCGAGGCUUCAUCCGAUUCAUUGACAACAUGGCAGAGUUCUUCCGGCCCCAACAGGGAGACUCCACCCCCUGCAGCUCACCUGAUAGAUUGUCGCAUGUAAGCCUCCCACUAGCCAAAAUCAUUCCCAUCAUCAACGGACAGAUACAUUCAAUAUGCAGUGAGAUACCAAGUCACUUUGUCCAGGAUCUUUUGAUGAUAGACCAGGUGAAGGAGUUUGCCGCCAAUGUAUAUGAAACAUUUAGCACCCCCCAAGAACUUCAGAAGUGAGCAUGGAAUUGAGCAAGACAUGGACUUGUGUAAAAAAAAAAAAUUGAACUCUUUACAAAUUCACUUCAAACGGAGACUCUCGUGUCAUGCAGCACAGAAUUCCUCUCUUCACAUACCCUGUUCUAAAAUCGACCUGGGGAAAGGAACUCACGGCUGAGCUGAGAAACAAGUGUGUAAUAUGGAGUUCACAUCCACUGUUUAUUAGGCAUUUAGUAAGGGGUAGACUCUCAUGAUCUGCUAGCUGUCCUAUCUGUCUGUCGUGAGUGACUCCCUAACCAAACUGGAUAAUAAUAGCAAAUAACUGUCACUAAUGUCCCAGGCAUGCCAGGGUUUUUAAAGGCUAUAAUGAAAUAAAGUAAAAUAAAAGUAGCUUAAUCUCAUAUAACUCUCACAAACGCUGAGCGCUAAAAGUUCAUAUUUGAAUGAUUAUCCAUGCAUUCACACCUGCAAUAUGGACUUCAAAAGGAAAAAAAUCUGUAGAAUAAGUGUUUAUCAUGAACAUUGUAGGUAUUAUAUCUUUGAAUCUGAUGUUGCAGCCCUUCAACACCCUCUACAGGACCAAAACACAGUUAUGUCCACCUGUCCAACAACAUCAGUGCAUGAUGUUUUGCACUGCUGCUGUUUAACUUUACAUCUCAUAACAGCCCUACGAAUGGGGUGGAUGGAUUAUGUUUUUUGCAGACUAUUUGGAUGUAGUAUGAGUAUGCUACUCCUUUUGUAAAAUGACCUAUGAAUGUUAAUGUUAAUAAAAAAUGUGAGUAGUAAUACUCCCAUUUCUAUACAUUACUAUUCAUUAAAAUGCCACACAAUUUGAUUAGAAAACAGUUGGUAUGAUGUUUUACAUUUACGUACUUCUUGACUUUUUAGCAAGCAGACUUCUGUCUUACAGCUAAAUAAAACUAGGUUGCCAAAUAGGCUGUAAUUGAGGACCAUUUACACUCACUGAGAUCUUUAUUAGGUACACCUGUACACCUGCUUAUUCAUGCGAUUAUCUAAUCAGCCAAUCAUGUGGCUGCAGUGCAUAAAAUCAUGCAUAUACGAGUCAGGAGCUUCAUUUAAUGUUCACAUCAACCAUCAGAAUGGGGGAAAAAUGUGAUCUCAGUGAUUUUGACCGUGGCAUGAUUGUUGGUGCCAGAUGGCCUGGUUUGUGUAUUUCUUUAACUGCUGACUUCCUGGGAUUUUCACGCACAACAGUCUCAAGCGUUUAUUCAAAAUGAGGGCAGAAACAUCCAGUGAGUGGCAGUUCUGCGGAAGGAAACUCCUUGUUGAUGAGAGAGGUCAACGGAGAAUGGCCAGACUGGUUCGAGCUGACAGAAAAGCUAUGGUAACUCAGAUAACCACUCUGUACAAUUGUAGUGAGCAGAACAGCAUCUCAGAAUGCACAACUACCUCGAACCUUGAGGUAGAUGGGCUACAACAGCAGAAGACUAUGUUGUGUGCUUUAUAAAGACCAUAGUGUUCCUAAUAAAGUGCUUAGUGAGUGUACAUCCUGUAAGCAGAUGUGCGGCACCAAUAAUGUAUUUCCAUGAAUGCAAACUCUAUGUGCAAUAUUAAUGGUACAGCAGGCCUAAUAGUCACUUUACAUGCAAGCACAUGUUACACAUUUCAUGUUAUAAAAUAAUUACACAUUUUAUCAUCACUAUAAUUGUAGCUAAUGAACACUAUUACUGUCCUGUAAAUGGUAACUAUGCCCUUUUACCUGUAAUUACAGUUUUUAUGAUUUUGGAGCUCCUCUCCCAUGUAAAGAAAAUCUCAAAUUCCACUAGAGGGCAGCACAAAACUAUAAUGUGUGCCCACAGCAACUAAACAAAAAUCCUCAAUAACAUCAUGUUCUAACAGUAAAUAUCCUAACCAGUCUGAGCACAAAAAUUUAAAACAGGAAGAAUUAAGUAAUAUCUGACAGAAAGUUCAGAGGGUAUGAUGUCUGAACAUGAGGGAAGCAUAUGAUAUGACCAAGACUGCUCUUGCACAAAACACUAGUUUUAUGAAACUUCCUUGUCCCCCUAAAAACCCUGCCAUAAACCUUGUAAUCUUGAUUUAAACAACUUUAAUUCUUCUGUUACUUGUGCAUUAUUUGAGUUGUAAUGUAAGUGCUUUUAUAAAAUUAUAAGCAUCACAUUCUGACUUUAAACGCUCCAAAAAUUGGCCCGUUCACUUCCAUUGUAAGUGCCCCACUGUAACCUAGAGUUUUGCUUUUUUUAAAGAAAAGGAGGGACGAGUCAAAAUAAAUUUUUGUGGUAAUCAACAUAAUGCUACAAAUGCUGUCAACUGAGCUUAACAUGUAUUGAACCUGGAAUAUUCCUUUAACUACAAUUACUAACCCUCCACAUCGUGUAAAAUGCUAUAACCACUAAGUCAUAAAUGUUUUAAUUGAUAUUCUACAUAUGAAAAAUACAUGUGAUUCAAGUACAUAAAAUAGCUGACCUUUCUUAAACCAAUAUGAUCAGGGUUAAUCUCUCAAAGUAAAUCUCCCCAACAUUUCCAGGUUUUUCAAGAUUAACCUGGAAAUGUCGGGGAGAUUUAAACUUGUGUUUUCCAGGCCUGGAAAGUCAUUGGAAUUAGUUUCAUUAUCAUAAUCUUAAUAAAAAUGAUUGUUAUAAAUCUUUUUGCAAUCAUGAACAGUCAUUAAAAUGUAUUGGUCAGAGAGUCUGGGAACUUUGUGUGAUCAAACAGGCUUCACAAAUUUAGAUUUUUUUAGUGGCGGUCUAACCUAGUGGUUAAGGAUCUGAACCCUAUUGUCCAAUAAAUGUACUGUAAAUUGGUUUGCAAAAGGAAGUUUCGGUGAGAAGUAGAGGGUCUGAGGUCAGCAACUCUUGUAAAAUUACCAGUAACAUUCCUGAGCAUCUUGAGAUCAAAAGACUAAACAAAUGACAUCAGAUUGAUGCAUCAUUCAGGCAGAUGAAUGGGUCUGCUUGUGGUAAAUACCAUAGCUUAAACAUAUAGACCAGCCAAGCACAGAAAGUGAUCAAAGAUUCUGUGAUUCAAAUGUUAUAAAGUAACAUCCAUUUCCACGUGAUUAUAGGAUAGACAGCUGAAACUGCACUGGUCAUGCUUAUGACAGUUUUUUUUUGUUUUUUUUUUUGGACAACAGGUAAACAGUUUAUAAAGAGUAAACAGCAAGAAUGGGCUAAUUGUUGCAUAAGCCACUUAAAAGUGCUGAAUAAUUCUGAGGGUGUUUUCCACUGCACGCACCACAUGUAGCACCUCGGGUCACAUGACUCCCUCUGCCUCAGCGUGCUCUUUGUUGUGUUCCAGCAAACAGGAAAUUCCCCUUCAUCACAUGAUAUGUGUCUAUGGUUCUGUCCCAUGACCUUUUUACCGAAACUGUUUACAUCAAGUACAGGAAUAUAAGGGAAAUAUAUAUUUUUAUUCAUUAAAAGAAGGUUGAAAAUCAUAUUAUCUCUGUUUGAUUAUGAAAGCCUACAUUAUACUGCAUGAUUCAUCAAUUUCUGUUUCACUUCUGGAUUUAGAGUGCUCUGUAGGAGUUAGUCUCUUUGAAUAUGUUGUUAACAAAAUACUCAAACACUUGUAGGUUACUUUUUUGACAAUUUUAUUCAUGCUUAAUAAUUUAUUAAUUGAUGCUUCUCCUGACCUAAUCAAAACCCAGUAGCCAGUUACAACUGAAGUGUAAAUGGAAAUCUUAAAGGAAUAUUCCGGGUUCAAUUGCAAGUUUAGCUCAUUCGACAGCAUUUGUGGCAUAAAGUUGAUUACCGCAAAAAAUUAUUUAAACUCUUACUUCAUUUUCUUUAAAAAAGCAAACAUCGAGGUUACAGUGAGGCACUUACAAUGGAAGUAAAUGGGGCCAGAUUUUGGAUGGUUUAAAUGUAGAAAAGUGAAGUUUAUAAUUUUAUAAAUGCACUUUAAUUCUUCUCUAAAAACUCAUCUGUUAUUUGUGCUGUAAAGUUGUUUAUAUAGUCAUUUUACAGUCAUUUUAGGGUUUGUUUACAUGACAUCAUCAUGGCAAUGAAGUUGUAAAAUUGGCCAUAACUUUACACAGAAAUGGUUAGUAAGCAAUUUUAUCACACUUAAAUCAUGUUAACAUGCAUGUUGUUUAUGUCUUGUGGUUAUACUUUUGAAACAGUGAGUAUUUUCACAUUUACAGAUUGGCCCCAUUCACUUCUGUCAUAAGUAGCUCACUGAAACACAGAUUUUCACUUUUUUAAAGAAAAGGAGGGGCAGGGGGCCUAGGUAGCUCAGCGAGUAUGGACACUGACUACCACCCCUGGAGUCGUGAGUUAGAAUCCAGGACAUGCUGAGUGACUCCAGCCAGGUCUCCUAAGCAACCAAAUUGGCCCGGUUGCUAGGGAGGGUAGAGUCACAUGGGGUAACCUCCUCGUGGUCAUUAUAAUGUGUGGUUCUCGCUCUCGGUGGGACGCGUGGUGAGUUGUGCAUGGAUGCCACAGAGAAUAGAGUGAGCCUCCACACGCGCUCAACAAGCCAUAAAAUGCGCGGAUUGAUGGACUCAAACGCGGAGGCAACUGAGAUUCGUCCUCCACCACCCGGAUUGAGAUGAGUCACUACGCCACCACGAGGACUUAGAGCGCAUUGGGAAUUAGGCAUUCCAAUUUGGGGAGAAUAGAAAAAAGAAAAGCAGGGGCGAGUCAAAAUUAUUUUUUGUGGUAAUCAAUAUUAUGCCACAAAUGCUGUUGAUUGAGCUAAACUUGUAUCAAAGCCAGAAUAUUCCUUUAAAUCUCUGUCUGACCACAAAGUAGGCAUGUCAAUCUGGCCAGGGAAAAUCAUUGUGCAGAAAAAUACAAUAAAAUGUAUAAUAUUAAACAACUUGUAAGAGUACUGUUAGUUUAUACACCAAUGGAAAAAAUCUUAGCAUGUGAAAAUCCAUUGCAUUAAUUCAUGCUUUAUACCUAAGACAGCAAACAUAAGUAAUGUAACAUUUUUCAUGGAGGAUGUUUAGAACUUUCAAGUUGAAAUUUUGUUUAUGAUCAGAAAAAUUUGAACUUGCAAAAAGACCUUUCAGACCCCACCAGAACACUGUUGUAAAAGUUAAGUUAAAAAAAGGUAAAAAAAAAUUGGUUUACUGUAAUUUCUUCCCUGUGUGGCACACAGCCACAGCCAUGACAACACUCAAUGCAGUGUCUGAUGGACAUGGGCAAUACAUAUAAAAGACUAAAUUACUAUUUUUAAAACUUUCAAAAUUAAAAUAAAUAGAAGAUCAAAAACUGAGUGAAUUUCAAUGUGUUCCUCUUGUAUAUGUGUCAAGAAUUCAAAUGGAACUGGGUGUUUUUGUUGUUCUGCUGGUCCUCAGGUUUUCAGAUUAUUUAUGACUCAACUGCCUCUACACCUGCAGUUCCAGAGUUGUCCUUUGUUAGAUUCUGACUCAUUAUGAUGUCAUAGAUUGCAAACACUGAGCUCAUAGUCACAUAAGAUUGUGCAUAUUUUAUCAAUUUGUGUUUCAUGACACAUAAUAAGGCUUGUAAUCAAUACAUACGUGCUGAAUAAUAUAUGUAGCAUUUCUAUUAUUUCUACAGUUGCCUACAUCUCAACUGCUCAGUCAUGGUUCUUGGCCAUGUAACAAAAAGUUUCAGUUUAACAUUCUACAAAAUUUAGAUUAAGCAUUUAAAAAAAAACAUCAAGUAUUUUGGUAUCAUGUUAAAAACACAUUUUGCCAGUGUUGAUGCUGUUGUAAAAGACUCAUAUGAGGAAAUCAAAUUGAAUCUACAGACUACAUACCUUGAUUCUGAUACAAAUAGACUAUUAUUUAGAUAUUAUUGAGAAUUCACAGGUAAGGGCAAGGACAGUGAUGCGCUUUAGUCCUGCACUGCAUUGAUUGUUGUGGACAUGCCCUGACCAUGCUCUAUCUCCUCCGCUCUGAUUGGCCGAUCUCAAGGGAUUAUCAUUAACUAUUAAUCCUAUGCUGCAAUGAUGCAUUCUCUAGUCACACCACAGACCGGUCAGAUGAUGUCAUCUCACUUUAGCAACCUGAUUGGCUGGAGCCUUCCAAGCAGCUCUGUGCUCACCGUAUAAAUUUUAUAUCACUCUGAGAUAGAUCCUUUACAGGCAGUCACAUGACUUCUUAAAUAUGACGUGGCCCUUAAAGACUAAGUGCAGUGAUUUUAAAAUAGUAGGCCUAUGUUGUUUCAGAACAAUUCCCUGCUUGAAAUAAAAUACCAGAAAUUCUAGCCUCUUACAUUCUACUUCCUAGUAACAUGUAAUUGUAAUUGGUGUCCCACUUAACCCAGUUCUUAGAAUUAACAGCAAACUGAAGUGUGCUUCAUAAAUAAUGGGAAAUGAAUGCUCAAAAUGAGAUUUGCCGGAGGUAGUAGCCUAUUCGGAUACUGACUGGAAUAUUUGUGUGAAAAAUUUAAUAGAAACUUCCUUAGUCAGAGAAAGGCCUAAUAUGUUGCAAACAAAUUUUAUUUUCAUAUCUGCACUGCAGGAAGCAGAUAGCAGGGGAAGUAGUUUACUUUACCAUACAAAGAGGUUUCAUUAUAAAUGGAAUCCAAGAACUGAAGAAAGGAAAACGAGUGCCACUAAAAGAGGAAGUCGUAGCUAAAAGUGUUUCAUUACAUUUGUUUCUGUAUAUGAAUUACGUAAGUAUAGUAUAAUAUAGCAUGGUAUUGUACUUUAGCUACCCCUUACAACAAUUUACCAUGAAAACCAUUGUUUCCACCAAAAAAAACAGUUAUUACGGAUAUUGUACUUAAUUUAUUGCAUAUAUUGUUAUUAUAAUAUACAUUUAAUAACUGUAAAGCCAUAAUAAAUUCAAUGUAAGCAGAAUUUUGCCAAUAGUUUAAUUUUUUUUUUUUUUUUUUUAAUGUACUGAAAUGAUAUGCCAUACAUAAUGAUAUACUAUGAUUUUGAUGAUGAUUUUGAUGAUAAAGUGACUGCCCAUUCCCAUGACGCACUGUGAAUGACGCAUUCGAGUCGGUGACUCUUCACCCUUUAACUACGUAUCUAUUUGUACAUAUCGGAAUAUUUUGCAAUAUAUAAAAUACUUUUUUGCCUCGAAACGAAGUUUGUGAUGUUGUGAUUCACCUCGGAGCUGGUUGGUUUGGUUCAUAGCAUACAACUCUUUUAUGAAAGAUUUUAUGAAAAGUCUAUGAGAAAAAUGAAUGGGAAAAAUACUUCCAGAACCCAGACGGCUGAAUAAGUGUGCGGGCACUGUUGCGC